CACCAAGUUUAGCAGCUUUCCAUCUGUACGCACGAACCAUCACUCACCCACCAUCAUGUCGUCGGUCAAGACAGUCUCAACAAAGCCAUUCGAGGGUCAGAAGCCUGGCACCUCUGGACUUAGAAAGAGGGUCAAGGUCUUCUCGGAGCCUCACUACACCGAGAACUUUGUCCAGGCCAUUCUUUCUUCUAUCCCGUCGCCCGGAGCAAAAGGAUCCACCCUCGUUGUCGGAGGUGACGGUCGCUACUUCUCCGUCCCCGCCAUCCAGUCGAUCAUCCGAUUGUGCGCAGGUAAUGGUGUCUCAAAGCUCAUCAUUGGCCAGAACGGCAUCUUCUCGACGCCCGCCGUCUCGCACGUCAUUCGUAGCUACAAAGCUACGGGUGGUAUCCUUCUCACUGCGAGCCACAACCCCGGUGGACCCAAUGCCGACUUUGGUAUCAAGUACAACAUGAGCAACGGAGGACCUGCACCGGAGAGCGUCACCAACCAGAUCUUCGACGUCACCAAGACGAUCAGCGAGUAUCAAAUCGUCGAGGGCGACGACGUUGACCUCUCCAAGGUCGGCGAGACAUCCUUUGGGCCCCUCAAGAUCCAGGUAGUUGAUCCAGUAAAGGACUACGUCUCGUAUCUUGGCGAAAUCUUUGACUUUGGUCUCAUCAAGUCCUUCCUCCAGUCCGGCAAAUUCACCGUCCGAUUCGAUGCGCUGCACGGUGUGACGGGCCCGUACGGUCGUGCCCUCUUCGUCGAGGAAUUCGGUCUUCCCGAGUCGUCGAUCCAGAACUGCACCCCCUCAGAGGACUUUGGUGGUGGGCACCCCGACCCAAACCUCACCUAUGCAAAGUCGCUCGUCGAUGCCGUCGAGAAGGAGGGUAUCGACUUUGGUGCUGCGUCAGACGGUGAUGGAGACCGUAACAUGAUCAUCGGUAAAGGAGCAUUUGUCAACCCUUCGGACUCGGUCGCCAUCAUUGCCGAUUGGGCCAAGAAGGCCAUUCCCUACUUCGCAAAGGGAGGUGUCAAGGGGGUGGCACGCUCCAUGCCCACCAGCGGUGCCGUUGACCGCGUCGCCAAGAAGCAAGGCUACGAGUGCUUCGAGGUCCCCACCGGCUGGAAAUUCUUUGGCAACCUGAUGGACGCAGGCCGUCUUUCCAUCUGCGGUGAAGAGUCCUUCGGUACCGGAUCGGAUCACAUUCGCGAGAAGGAUGGUCUCUGGGCCGUUGUAGCGUGGCUCUCCAUCUUGGCUGCGGCCAACAAGGAGAAGCCGGGUACCAGCGUCAAUGACGUGCUGCAGGACUUCUACAAGUCGUAUGGCCGCAACUUCUUCUCCCGCUACGACUAUGAGGAGGUGGACAGCAAGGGCGCCAAUGAGCUCAUGGCACAGCUCGAGAAGAAGUUUGCCGACCCAUCAUUCAAGGGCUCCAAGCUCGGCCAAUUUGAGGUCGCCGAGGCGGACAACUUCAGCUACACGGAUCCCAUUGAUGGCAGCGUCUCUAAGAACCAAGGCCUCUACAUCAAGUUCGUCGAUGGUUCACGCAUCAUCUUCCGCCUGAGCGGUACGGGCUCUGCGGGUGCAACGAUUCGCCUCUACGUCGAGAAGUACUCCAACGACGCCAGCGAGUUUGAUGCUGAUGCGCAGGUUGGGCUUAAGCCGCUUAUCGACGAAGCACUGAAGUUGAGCCAGCUGAAAGAGCUGACGGGCAGGGACAAGCCGACUGUGAUUACUUAAAGGACUGUCGAAAUCAUGUGUCCCUGCACAUCUCAAUACAAUGUGAUCGCGUUACUCAUGACCUCCUGUAGGCCCGGGUCUCUACUCUACUCUAGAGUGAUGUCCAAGUUUACGUGA